AGUCAGCCAGUCCAUCAGCAUCACCACUGCCAUCCAUUGUUGCCAUUUACAAGUGCUUCCAUACAACAACAAAAACAAAACAGAAAAACAACAAAGCAUAAAAAGCCUCCUCCAGCAGUUUAUAUUGAAUGGAAAAUGAGAUUGUUUUGUUCUUUAACGACAGCAACAUAACACUACUGAAUCGAAGAACGGUAUGGUGAAAAUGGAAUCCACAGAAGAACAGGACAGAAAGUUGGUUUUGGAGUUUAUACAUUUGCUGGAGAAGUCCAAACAGUUGUUCAAUGGUUUAAGAGAUUUACCACAAUAUGGACAUCGUCAGUGGCAGGCCUAUUUUGGACGAACAUUCGAUGUCUACACGAAACUAUGGAAAUUCCAGCAACAGCAUCGGAUGGUACUGGAUUCGAAAUACGGUUUGAAACGGUGGCAAAUUGGUGAAAUUGCAAGUAAAAUUGGACAGCUUUACUAUCAUUACUAUUUAAGAACCAGCGAAACGAAUUACCUGAAUGAAGCGUAUCAAUUUUAUGCAGCUAUUAGAGGUAGAGCCUAUUAUUCGCGAGCGAUCAAAGAAGAUCGUCCCGAUUUGAUGGUGAAAAAGCUGCGCUAUUAUGCACGUUUUAUUGUGGUUUGUUUGCUGCUGAAGAAAAUGAAAUUGGUGCGAGAAUUGGUGACCGAAUUGGAAAAACAAAUACAGGAAUAUACCACCACUUAUGAACCUGAAGACCAUUUAGAAUGGUCAUUAGUUUUGGAGGAGAUCAAGGGCUUUAUUAAAGCCGAAGCAGCUGUGGCCGUUCUUCAUGCGGAUUCCAAUCCCAUCGUACUAUCACACAGUGGUUCCGGUUCUAGGUUGUCGCCGCUAACAACACCGCCAUGCGAAAGAUCACCGCACAUGACGCUGAGCCUGCAGGAGAUCUUGAUUGUGGGCUCGGCAUGCGAACAGGCCAAAUUUUCGGAGCUAACAAUGGAUAUGUUUAGAAUGUUACAGACACUAGAACGGGAACCAACAGAAACCACACAUCCUAUGAGUGUUUCACAUGGCAUGCAUGGACACGAUGCCAGUCCAGCGGCCAGUCGUAUACCACCAUACGGUGUUCCAGGUUCCAAGGGCUAUUUGGAAAAUAGCCGCCAUUAUCGUGACAAUCCUCAUAAGUAUUUAUUGUAUAAGCCUUCGAUUAGCCAACUUCUGGUGUUCUUAGCUAGCGGUUUUAAAGAAUUGCCUCCGGGAGGCGCCUUACUCUUAUACAUGUCGGCAGAUGGCUGUUUUUCCACCACCAAACAUCCCGAAGAUUAUGGCUAUGAAUUAGGUGGCCUGGCCACAAGUGUCAAACGCGAUGGUGUUGAUGGCGGCGGUCUGGCGUGUCGAGGGAAAUCCUACAAGGAAACCCAUUGUCUGUAUCCAGGCGAUUUAUAUCCCUUCACCCGACGGCCCAUGUUCAUUAUUAUCGAUUCGGAUAAUUCGUUUGUGUUUCAGCAUAUACCCCGUUAUUUUGGCCAACCAUUGGUUGUGCUCAUGUCACCUCAGGAUGUACCACCAGCUUUUCAGGCUGAAGUCCAACACCAUGGCUCCUUGUUUACAUUGUUCCUGCACUCCCCUCUCACCGCUUUGUGUUACAUCUGUAAUGUUGGCGAUGUGCCCAUCCAUCAUUGGGAACGCUGCCAGUCGUAUGUGGAUCAUUUCAUAACAGAAGCUUCCCGUUUAGUAACACGCUGUCGCAUAGAUGAAAUUGACCAAGGAUAUAUAGAUUCAUCGUAUGUUCAAUUCUUUGGUGAUGACUUCUUACGUACCCUCAUACUACGCUUUGUGUUCUGUGAUGUUGUAUUGAGACUGCAUCGUGGUUUCCGGGGACGCCAUAUGAGACCACGCUGUGAACCACCAUUGCCAUCCAAUGAACUGCUAGAGCAUCCCACAUUGUCGCAUAUUAUAUUCCAGCUGGCAACGGCGCUCGAUGUGCGCGGUCAUUUCUCCGAUGGACCGGAAUGCGACUGAUGAUCUACUGAGUAUUUCCCUAAACUAAGUCUAGUCAUAAUUUUAAGCAUUUCUUUGCAACAAUUUAUUAUUAUAAUUCUAAUUCUAUUAAUUAUUAUGGAAAUUAAUCUUAAAACAACAACAACAAGAACAACAACAACAAAUAUAACAACAAUUGCAAUAACAACAAUAAUAUUAAUAAAAAAAAACAAAUUAAAUAUUUGUGAAGCAAAAGAAGAAAAUACCAAAAUUUCUAUGGAAAGAAAAUUCUCGUUAAACGAUUCCUGUUCUAAAAACUAAACCCCUGCUAAAAGUAACCAAAGAAAAAGUCCCCGAAAAAACAAAUAUCCCAAACGCCCAAAAGGUAAAACUAUGAAACAUAUGAUAACAUACAUAAAUAUGCUGAGCUUUUAAAAAGGAAAACCUGCAAAAAUGGUUAAAAAAAUCUGACACUACCCAAAGACCCUGCUUUUCUCCUAUUCAGAGUUCUUGACACGACACUGCAUUGACUGCCAUUCCAGAUAUUCCCAAAAGCUAGGGGAUGAGCUUUCAUUAUGAUGGAGCAAAAAAAAGGCCAAAAGUAACCACAUAGACAUUUCCCAGGCUUUCCCCAAAACUCUGGAGCCCCCGCUCGAAAAAUUCUCAAACUUCCCCCCUCUAACCUAACCAUGCAAAUAUCUAAUAACAACAAAUACAAAAUAAAUAAUUACAUAUAAAUCUAAAAAAACAAAAACUUAUCUGAACAGAAACAACAACAAAAAGAAAAAUAAUUUAGCUCAUUUUCUACUCAAGCAAAAUAAAAACAAAACAAAAUUUAAAACCAACAACAAAAAUAUAUUUUUAAAGAAAAUUUGAAAGUAAAACCAACAAAAAAAAAAUUGAACACAACACGGAAGUGACUGAUUUAGCAACAAAAACAAGAGAAAUCUCAUAAAGAGAAAUAAAUGCUAGCAAAAGGAAACAAAAACCAGAUGAAGAAGAUGAAGCUGAAGCAGAAUAGUUAUGCCGGUUACUGAUACAAUUCCGUAGUUGUCCUACCAAACCAAAUAUACUCAUUUUAUAAUGUAUACAUACAACAUAACAUAUAUAUUUUUGCCUACAAAACCAAAAA